AUGGCUCUUCGCCCAAACCACAGGGAGAAGGCCCUCCCCAAGGCCGGGAAUGGCCUCAUCGACCCGACCAAGACGGGAAAAUAUCCUGUAAUCCUGAGCGAUACCCUGCUGGGCCGCACCCAGAAGGACGUGUUUACAGCCGUUAGAUACAACCACAAGCCCGAUCUUCCUACAGAGCCAGCGACCGCCAGGUUAAAACCCGAGAUCCCCGGCAGCAAGUCCAACUUCGACCUGUCCGUACCAGAUGGCAACGGCGGCACCUACGCCUACGCCGGCACGCGCACGACGGACGAUAACCAAUAUGUUCUAUACUUCGACCCAGCCCGCAAGGCCUUCAUCCUCGAUAAGGUCGAUUCGACAUUUCACAUGAACCUCACCCGCACACCGUCCACAGACAACCCCGAGACCCUGCGCCAGCAGUUCGAGCAGCUCGACACCUCCAUCACCGCGACCCCGGCCAAACUACCGCCGUCCUCUUCAGCGACGGACAAGUCCCCCGCGAAGCCCAAAGGCAAGGCGGCCGCCGCUGCCAAGCCCAAAGCGGCCCCCAAGCCGCGCGCGCAACAGAAGAAGAAGGAACCCGUCAGCAUCCAGCUCGCGCUCCCGACCAAUGACGCGCCUCCUCCGCCCCCGAAACCAGCAGCGGUACCGCCGCCGAAGAAGGAGAAGCCGCGUAAGGUCGCGGCGGGCUCCGACGAGGAGGACGACGACGAUGACGACGACUUUGGCCUGACGAUAGAGUACCCAGACGAGAACAAGAACAAGAAGACGGACUUCUCCCCCGCGUUUCCCUCCCAGGGCAUCAACAUCCGGCGCUUCUCCGACUUCUUGCGGGACUCCGAGGCCGACGACGCCGACGGCGAGUCGGACCCCGACGAGGUGCCUUUCGACUUCAAUCUCCCCAGCCCCGUCAACAAUCAGCAACGGCACCAGGAAGAAGCCGAGCCGGACGCAGAUCAGAUGGACAUGGACUCGGAACCAGACUUCGAGGACGCUCUGGAAGACGAUCUGGAGGCUGAGCUGGAGAAGGAACUGGAGGCCGCGAACAGCGGCGAUGCCGAAGAGAGUGAGGUCAGUGAAGAGGAUUAA